AUGCGCAGACGUCUCCUCGCGCCCCUUCCUUUUCUUCUCCUUUUGAUCUCUUUCUGCUCUUCGUCUCCUCCGUGCGCGGCUCUUCUCCUCUCUGAGCCAUGGGGCCCCCCCACGAGUCUCGCAGGCCUCCUCUCGGCCUUCUCCAUUCCUCCUCUUUCCGCUGAGGCUCGCCUUUUCUCAGGCGCCGGGACCCCCGCCGUUGUUUCGUGGAGGCUCCUCCUGCCCGCCGACUUCGCCUCCUCCUCGCACGCGCUAGUCCAUGCCGUCGACGGCGCCCGACUCCGCGCAGCGGUCGCCAGCGCGGCUCCUUCCCGCGGGCUGGCUGCCGAGAGCGAGCGCGACCAAGAGAUUCGCCGUUACCUAAAGCAGCACAGAGAGAAUGGCGCCCGCCGGCGCGCAAGCGCUCCUGAGACUCCUGCGUUCUCCUCCCUGCCGGCGUUUCUCCGCGCGCCGGGACCCGCCCUUGCGGCCAGCGAGCCGCGGGCGACGGCUGCCUCGCGGGCCUCUGGUGGUCGCGCGCGGGCGCCUUCUGCGCUCGAGCAGCACUCGAGUGCCUCGCGGCGCGCGGGAGCCCCGAGAAGCGGCUUCGGCUGGGCGCUGUCCGCGGAAGUCCCCUACCUGCGCGCACAGCAGCAGGGGAGAGACCAGGGGCUGCGACGGCACUCCAGAGAGACUCUUCAGCUUCGCGCGGCGCUGCGAAUCGCCGACUUGCCGAUUCGCGAGACGGAUGAUGUCACGCAGGCGCCGAAGGACAGCGGGCCUGAGAGUGAAACUCGGAACCCGCCUGGCGCCGAGAGCCGAGCGGCGCCUGAGACGCGUGACGAGGAGAGUGUGAGCGAGCACGAGCAGGACGAUGCUUUUCAGAUGGGCGCGGCGGACGAAACUCGUCUGGGCAUUGAUGCACGCGCAGCGACCACUGCAGUGUGGACUCUCUCGCGGAGCGACAUGCUUCCGAAGGAGAUGCCCGCAGCCAACUCGGAUGGAGACGGAGUUCCAAGUCUCUUGUCUGCCUUGCUCUCCGCUGAUGCCUCCACUGACUCGUGUUCGCCCGCCCCCCUGCCCUCAUCUUCCAUCUCCUCGUCCGCUUGCCACUCCGCUUCUUCCUCUGCAUCUUCUUCCGCUUCUGAGGGCCGACUCUCCUCUUCACUGCUGGAACCUGCACCGUUGCACUCGGCUUCCUCUGCUUCCAUGUCCGCGGAUGCCUCGCGCCCGUCUCCCUCGCCGAUGAGCCCCUCCUCUACUGCGUCCCUGCGGCAGCUCGGCGACAGUCGCUUCGGUGCGCCCGCGGCGGCCUUGCGGUCGUGGCUGCGCGAGCGUGUGCCGACAUUCCUCACGUGGCUUCGCCUGGGGGCGAGUGCGGGCCUUUUUGCGUCUCUUUUCUACCCGAGGCUGGUCGUCCCCUCUUCGUUCCUCUGCUCGCGGGAGAACGCGUCGCUCCACGCUCUGGGCGGCUCGUCGUGGACAGGCGCCGCGCAGCCCGCGGACGCCGAGGCGCGCGUCGCCACGCCUCUGAAUGUUCUGACUUCUCUGUUUUCCUCCUCACGCCCUCUCGGCUCUGCGGCCUCGUCGCCGGCGCUCUCGGCGCUGGCCGUGUCCGCCGCGGCCGCCCUCGCGGACCACGCGCCGCGGGCUCUGGGGACUGGAGCUCCAGGGCCGUCUCCUGGCGCCGCGACUGCGUCUCGGUCGCCGCCGCCCUCGCCGCUGUUCGCUGCGCUGCUCUUUGCGGGCGCCUCCCUGACAGACCUGCUGGACGGCUGCCUCGCGCGGCGGUGGCAGGUCUGCUCGCCUCUUGGGGCGUUUCUGGAUGCCUUGGCGGACAAGCUGCUUGUGACGGCCGCGCUGGGCGGCGUCUGCAGCCUGGCUGUUCCGCCGUUCGCCGGCCUGCUGGGCCCGCCGGCAGUCGCCAUCUGCAUGCGCGAGCUCGCUGUUCAGGGCCUCCGCCUUCACCUCGAGCGCAUGCAGCGGGGCGUGGACGGCGACGUCCAGUGGCUGGGCAAGGCGAAGACCGCCGCGCAGAUGGGCGCUCUCUCGCUCCUGCUUCUCUUCCUCCCUCUGUACAGCGGCGACGCCUCGCGCUUCGGCGCGGCGUGUCCAUCCACUCUGCGGGCUGCAACGCCUGAGCGCCGCCACGGACCCGCUGGCGACGCCUCGGGUGCAACGGCCGGCGAGUCACCCUCUCCGCCACUCCCGCAGAGACUCGAGGACUUCUUCUGCCGCUUGGGGCGCGCGCCCACGACGCCGCGACGCGGCCCUGCUUCGGUCUCCCCGCGGCUGCUGACCGGGCCCCUGCGGGUCGCCGGCAAGGCGGCCGCGUCGUUGGCGGCAGCGGGCGGACUGCUGCGUCGCUGCUGCCGGCACGCCCUCGGAAUCCUCGGCGCACACGCGCUUCCCGCCACAGGCGACCGCUCCCAAGCGGCCGCGGCGCGGCUGCGCAGCCUCGUCGGAAGGGCCCUCGGCGCCCUUCAAGCCGGGAGUGCGUGGACGGCACGGCGGCUAGCCGCCGCCGGCUCCGCGAGCUUCGAGACCGUCCGGCAGAACCUCGCCUGUACCUUCUCGGACGACGGCAGACCGACGCUCCUUACGCACGCCGUGGUGGGUCUCUGGGUGGCGGCGGGCUUGGCCGUCGCGUCCGGUUGCGCCUACGCGCAGCGGGGCUUCUCUGGGAGCGGCGGAGAGAGUCGAAAGGGCGGGGAGACGCAGAGAGGCGAGAGCCCUGCUAGGGCCGACGGCGGCGCAGGCGGGGGGGAUGGAGCCACGCGCAAUGUCUCGCGCGAUGAGGCUUUUUCACUUUGA